AUGGAUGAUAACAGAACACUGACGAACUCAGGAGAUUCCCAGUCCUCAGGAGAUGUUAUUACUUUCAACCUUACUAGAAAAUCACAAGGACCCUCAAAAAGGGAUAAAAAGCACCUUUGUAGCUCUAAAAUUAUCACCACUGUCAUCUUCUUCCUGGUGCUUUUGAUAACUACACUGGCCACAAUUUUAGCAGUCGAAAAACACAGAUAUUCCACUGAACCUAUGCCAUGCUCGAAUGGCUGGAUUGGUUACCUGGGAAAGUGCUUCUAUUUUUCUGAAAGUACAAGAACCUGGGCAGCAAGCCAGAACUUCUGUGCCUCUCAUUUAGCCACUCUUGCUGUCUUCAACACCACAGAAGAACUGGAUUUCCUGAAAAGAUAUUCUGACCAUUCUCAGUAUUGGAUUGGACUGAGUCGAGAACCAGGACAGACGUGGAAGUGGAUAGAUGGAACCAUAUACAGUGGCUGGUUUAAAAUAAUUGGAAUUGGAAAAUGUGCCUAUUUACACAGAAUUGGGAUUAGUAGUGCCAGUAAGCACUUGGUUAGGAAAUGGAUUUGCAGCAAACCAGACACAUGUAUACCCAGAAGUUAA